AUGACGACCAUCCCAUCACGCCUCUGGCGUCCCUCCCUCAUCUUCCUCAUCUCCAUCCUCCUCCGCCUGGCUCUCCUCCUCUACAGCCGCUGGCAAGACGCCCACUCCCCUCUCAAAUACACCGACAUAGACUACUACGUCUUCACCGACGCUGCAAGAUUUCCCUCCCCUUACGACAGGGCCACGUACCGCUACACGCCCCUCCUAGCCUGGCUCCUCCUCCCCACGACAUGGUCCCACGGUCUCUGGUUCGAAUUCGGAAAAGCAUUAUUCGCAGCGAGCGAUGUCUUGACCGGAUGGAUGAUUUUCCGGAUCUUGAGAGAGAGGGGCUUGGCCGAGGCAAGGGCGUUGAAAUUCGCGGCGAUCUGGUUGUUGAAUCCCAUGGUGGCGCAGAUAUCUACGAGGGGCAGUUCGGAGGGUUUGUUGGCUGUUCUGGUGGUAGGGCUGCUUUGGGCGACGCUCAGUAGGCGUGUGGUACUUGCUGGGUGCUUGCUUGGGGUUGGGGUUCACUUCAAGAUCUACCCGUUUAUUUAUGCGGCGAGUAUCUUCUGGUGGCUCGGGAGAGAGCAGAAGCCAGUGGAUAAGGAUGCUUCGAUUCUUGAUCGAGCGUUCGCGCUCUUUAGCAGAAAUCGGAUCGUUCUUGCGGUUUCGAGCUUUGCGACUUUUAUGCUUUUCAAUGUUGCCAUGUACAACAGGUGCGUUUUACGAAAGCAAGGAGUGCUUAGUACUAGAGCUGAUCUUCAUAGAUAUGGUAUGCCAUUCAUCGAGCACAGCUUUGCUUACCAUCUCACUCGGAUCGACCACCGACACAACUUUUCGGUUUACAACACGGUCUUGCAUCUCAGCUCACUGCAAGGCAUCGAUUCUGGGCUUCGCAUUGAAUCGCUCGCAUUUUUACCUCAACUCUUCCUUUCAGUCCUCGCGAUCCCGAUCUCCAUGGCUAAGAAGGACCUUGCGAGCUCGAUGCUGGCUCAGACGUUUGCAUUCGUCACGUUCAACAAGGUCUGCACGAGUCAGGUAGGGCAAUUGCUGUCAUCAUUGUCAUUCGUCUGCUGAUCAAAAAGCAGUACUUUCUAUGGUACAUGGUCUUCCUGCCUUUCUACCUGCCGUCUUCUACACUUCUCAAGAAGCCCAGACUAGGCUUCAUGGCGCUCACUCUCUGGGUUGUUGGCCAGGCUUUGUGGCUUCAGCAAGGAUACGAGCUUGAGUUCCUGGGCCAAUCCACUUUCGUACCUGGCCUAUGGGUGGCGAGUAUGGUAUUCUUCUUGAUCAACUGUUUGAUUCUCGGGAUCAUCGUCAGCGAUGUUCUGUUACAGCCAGAUAGCGCUCGCGCCGUGCAGCCAGGCUGUUCCAAGAAGGCGCGAUGA